ACCAAAGUCGUUUCGCUCAAAUCUUCGACUAGUAGUAUCCUUCCAGAUAUCAUAAGAGAGAUGGGCAUCCAACUUAUGGGAAUCGCUCAUGCGAAGCAAAAGCUCCAGCGCACCCUGUCAGCCCGAAUACGAGCAAUGUCGGCCGUGUCCAACGUGCCGAAGGGCCACUUCGCGGUCUACGUCGGGGAGUCGAAGAAGCGGUUCGUGAUCCCCCUAUGGUACCUCAAGCACCCGCUGUUCCGGAGCUUGUUGGACAUGGUCGAGGAGGAGUUCGGGUUUGAUUGCCCGACCGGCAGGCUCACCAUCCCGUGCAGCGAGGACUACUUCACUAGUCUAACUUCUGCCUUGAGUUGUUGAUCGCUGCAGAUGGACUUGUUAUCACGGCUGUGGGUGACUUGUAGUUUUUUCCCUUUGCCAAGGGCAAGUGACUUUCCACGAGUAGUCUCUCAAAUUUUGCCAUAUUGACGACUCUUUGCUAAUUGUCUGUAAAUUGCCUUUGUGGUGAAGCUGUAAAUGGAUCAUUUUUUUCCUAUGAAAUGCAUUUAUA